CACCCGUGCAGUACGGUACGGUCUCUCUACAAACGUAGGAAAAAAAAAGGCAAAUCGUCUAAUCGUAAGCCGCCUCGCGUAAUGGCGCCGAAACCAAUUACCAUUCCGUCGUGGAUGACGGAGAGUUUCUUUGUCGAUGCGAUUGCGACCAAGUUAGGCGUACCGGAGGAUGCGUUCACUAUCGAAGGGCUGGACGUUCAGGCGGCCACCGAAUCUGGUGACAAUUUUGUGUCCGUUAUGUAUCGCGUGUCAGUGCAGGUGACCAGUGGCGUGUCCGGUGAGCGUCAGGAUAUUUCACUGAUCGUGAAAGCGCUGCCCAACAUGGGUCUCUCGGAGGAGAUGAUUACGUCGUUGAACGUGUUCCCCAAGGAGAUCGCGAUGUAUACAGAGGUGCUACCGGCUUUCGAGCGUCUUUACCGGGAACGUGGUGUCGAGGUGGCGUUUGGACCGCGCUGCCUCAAGCACUGCUCUCAGCCAACGGACAUCAUCGUUAUGGAGGAUCUAAAGGAUCGUGGUUAUCGGAUGGCUAAUCGGCGCGAAGGCUUAGAUAUGGAGCAUUGCAAGAAGCUGCUGCGGCGUUUGGCCCAGUUUCAUGCCGCUUCGGCCGUGCAGUACGAACGGAAUGGACCGUACGACGAUAAGUUCAAAGAGGGCAUGUACGCCGAGAAGAGCCGGAAAAUGUUUGAGCAGUUUCAGAAGCUGCACGACGCCUUCAUGUACAAAACCAUGUGCGAAUGGCCGAACAAUGGCCGGUUUUAUGCGGAACUUAUGAAACACUGGGGAUUGGACAUGUUUGAUGCGUUGCUUCGCAUAGUGAAAGCAGACCUGAACCACUUUAAUGUGCUGAACCAUGGAGACAUGUGGUGUAACAACAUGAUGUUCCACUACAACACCGAGAACGAACAGCUCGAGGACAUCGUGCUUGUCGACUUCCAGAUGUGCAUGUACGGUUCCCCCGUAAUUGAUCUUAACUAUUUCAUUUUCUCCUCGGUUCGCGGUGAUUUGCGAUUGCCCGAGAUGAACUACUUGAUUUACUACUAUUACCAGCAGUUGACCGACUGCUUGACCCUGCUGGACUAUGGUGGCCGGCAGCUUACACUAAAGGAGCUGAACGUCGAUUUCAUCGAACAUCAAUUGUACGGCUUAUCAACCUCCUUCUCGAUUCUCCCGAUGUGUUUAAUGGAGAAAACGGACGAUGCAUCGAUCGACUUGAUGCUCGAUCAAGGCGAUGCCGGUAACGCGUUCAAGCAGAAGAUGUACAACAGCAGCGCCUACGUCCAGCAGAUGGGUCAGAUCAUGGAGCACUUUUACAACACCGGAGCGUUUGACAUCAAUGGUCUUGGUGUACAGCGGCCAGCCGGUAUCGAGUGUGACGAUUCCAUCGAUCUACCACUCUGGCUCGAUAGGCAGUUCUUCGAGGAUGUCGUGAAGUCAAAGCUUGGCGAGCUCGGUGCUUCCACCGAUCGAAUCAUUCGUAGCGUCCAUGUUGAGUUGGCCACCAAAAAGGGCGACAAUUACGCAUCGGUUCUGUAUCGAGCGAAGGUGGAUGUGCAGAACCAACUGACGGGUAGCGUGGAGAGAUUCUCGGCAAUUGUCAAGGCACCACCGAAGGGCGUUUUGGCAGAUCAUAUGGCGUACCUGGAUUUCUCGGUACGCGAAACAUUGGUCUAUACCAGAUGUAUUCCAAUGUUCGAACAGAUGUACCGGGACAAGGGUGUCACUGUGCAGUUUGGUCCCAGGUGCCUCAAAUCAUGCCAGGGGGUGCCGGUGGAUGUGCUUGUCCUGGAUGAUCUGACCUUCAGUGGUAGCCGUAUGGCGGAUCGGCGCACUGGUCUGGACCAACGGCAUACCGAGCUGGCAUUGGAUUUGCUGGCCAAAUUCCAUGCCGCAUCCGCCGUGUGCGCAGAUCGUGGUAAACACAUGCCGGAACAGCUGGUUGGACCGAAGCCGAUCGAAAGCUUGAAAAGAAUGUCAAACGAGCUGUUCCAGCCUAUGCUGGACAGUCUCGUCCAGUGUAUGGCGACGUGGGAUCUCGAUCCGGGCUAUUACGCCGAUCUGCUGGCACACUCCAAGCACCUUAUGGACGAUGUGGCGCAGGCCAUCACUCCGCGCGAUGAUCGAUUCAAUGUGCUAGUGCACGGUGAUUUGUGGGUGAACAACAUGGUCUUUAAGUACGACGACUCUGAUCAGCCCGUCCCUUCGGCCGUCACGCUGCUCGACUUCCAGAUGUGCUGCUGGACGACACCUGUCAUAGAUUUGCACAGUUUAAUCUUCUCCUCGGUCAGUUCCGAUCUGAUGUUGCCCAAACUGAACUACUUCCUGCGCUUCUACCAAGAGCGGUUGACCGACAAUCUGGUGCUGCUGGGGUACAGCAAGCGGUUACCGACGUUACAGCAACUACACGUCGAUUUCGCCGAUCACCUGUCGUACGGAUUCAUCAGUGCGCUUCUCAUGAUGCCAUUCGUGGUAGUACCGGAAACGGAUGCGGAUGCAUCGCUCGAUACGAUCAUCGAUGCCAGCUCGGAGGCCGGUCAGCGCUUUCAGAAAGAAUUCUUCAACAAUGAUCAGCUUAAAGCGCAGCUCAAACCGUUGAUUCCCUACUUCCGCCAUCGCGGCAUUCCCGGCGAGGCCAAAUGAUCGGUUUCUACGUCUACCCCACCGCAUUUACGUUGAAUAAAGAUAUUAUUUUCAUUAUUACUCCCUCAA